AUGAAACAACAACAAGAAAACUCAGCUGCAACUCAACUCCCUCGCUUCCCUUCUUCCCACGUUCUCUCUUUAUCAACUCAUACUUACAUCCAUAUUUCGUUUCCAAUUUGCGGUGGUGGUCUACAAGCGGAUCUGCAACAUGAGUUGAGUGUCGACGGUGAUUGCGAUGUCGUAUGGAAGGCGUGGCUUGUCAGAGUUCGUCAGAUUCGUUUGCAGAUCUGGGUGUGGUUGGCAUGGAAGAAUGGAAGAAAGGUCGCAGUUGGAAUGAUGUGUGUCGAUGAACGGCGGGGUUCUGGUCACGCGAUGGGUGGGAAUCUUAUCGAAUCUCCUUCUCCUUAUUAUUUCCUUCUAAGAAUUUCAAAUUUUCACACUUUGAAAUUCUUUUGCACAUCUGGUUUCGAAGAGGUGUUGUUAUUGCGGUGGCAUCUCUGUUUUCUUCUCUUUCUCAACAACCGAAAUGGAGCUCGAAUGAUGUGA